CUCUCAUGAUUACAUAACCUACCAGUUCAUGGUUUAUUAUGUUUGGUCAGAUCAGUGUUUGUUAUUCAGUCGACCGUGUGCAGGCCUACAGCUCUUCUAUAGACUUGAAUUUUUCUCUUGUGAAGAACGUUUCAAAACAAGGCGUUACAACAGUGAUUAUGUUGUGAAAACCAUGACAGGAAGUCGCUCUGUGUAGCCCGGACAGCUUCACCUCGGAGCAGCUCGGGUCGGCUCGGCUCUGCUCGGUUUGUGUUCCUCCCACCCUCCCAGAACAGAGAUGAAAACCAGAUCCCGCGGCGUCUGGGAGCUUCGGCGUCGGACAGACUGGACGGAGAAGACCGGGGACCAGAGCGGAGCGGAACCACGGAGUCGGAAAGAGAGCAGACCGGGACACCGGCGCAGUUUUCCAGAGGUUUCAGGCUUUGAGCCUCCGGAUAGACACCGAGAGGUUCGCUGCAGCAGAGGCUGGUUGGGGUGCACUCCUGGCAGUUGCAGCUCCAACUACGUCCCGCUGAUCUGACUGCUACGGCUGGUGAAUCAGACAUGUACCAGGUCCAGGCGAAAGGGGACAGGGUCGCUGCCAUUCUGCUGAAGGAGCUUCCUGGUAAAAAGGUGUCGAACGAAGGAAACCCCUGCGUCGCCAUGACAACCAAGAUGCACCUCAAAGGGGCCCCGAGGUCCCUGGGAGUACUGAGAGAAGUCCAGUGGUCUCCGCUGGUCGGGGAGCAGCAGGAGAGUCGACCCCUACUGAGUCCCUCCAUCGAUGACUUCCUGUCGGAGUGCCGGAGCGACGCCCCCUCCACCCGUCCCCUCGCCUCCAGCACAGCAGUCCUGUCCACAGCUGUGGACCUGGUGGACCUCAGCGAGCCGGGGCGGAGCGGCAGCAAUGAGGGCCGCAGGAGGAGGAGCCCUCUGAGGAAGAAGGGCAGCUCGAGGAGCCCUCGACACCGAGCAAGGCCUGAGGAGACGGAGCUGAUCCAGGUGGAGGCGGAGCAGCUGCCUGCCAGUCCCAGAACACCUGAGCGGAUCUCACUGGACUCAGGUGAGAGGCAUCAUGUCCCGCUCACAGUCAGUCUGUCAUCUCCUCUGGAUAAAUGGGAAGAGCUGAACCUGGACGUGGAGGACAGGGGACGCAGGGGCCCUAACCCUAACCCUAACCGGAGGGACGAGAAGAGAUGCACCUCCCACCACUCCUCCAGUGAGCUGCUCUGGUCUGCAGAGUUUAAAACAGACCCAUUGAGAAAGAACUCACUGUUCACCAUGCACAGCUUCAACGACCUCGACUUCAUAUCGUCAGCACAGGUCUCUGGCGCGUCCAGACUGCGCAGGCGCACUCGGUCCCUGUUGGCCAGAAAGGAGUCUCUGGAGGACGAGUUUGUCAGAGCAAAGGCUGCUGUCGAGUCGGACACAGAGUUCUGGGACAAGAUGCAGGCAGAGUGGGAGGAACUGGCUCGGACGAACUGGCUGGAGGACUCAGAGGCUCCGCAGCCGAUCCCGCCCUGCUUCUCACCUGUGGAGAAGGGUUACCACUUCCAUCCCAACAACCCGUACAGAGACUGGCCCAGCACCUUCGCUCAGGGUCGGGAGAAAGCCCGAGAAGGAGACCUGAACACCGCCGUGCUGCUGCUGGAGGCCGCCAUCCUACAGGACCCGCAGGACUCUGAGGCCUGGCAAGUUCUGGGGAUGACUCAGGCUGAAAAUGAGAAUGAGCCGGCCGCCAUCGUAUCCCUGCAGAGGUGUCUGGAGCUCCACCACAACAACCUGCCGGCCCUCAUGGCGCUCGCAGUCAGCUUCACCAACAGCGGCAUGCAGUGGGAGGCGUGUGACGCCCUGCACUGCUGGAUCAGCCACAACCCCCGAUACCAGCACCUGGUCCUGGACCACAGGAGUCCACUACAGGGCUCCCCGGCCACGCCACGCAGGGGUCCCUACACCUGCACACCGGCCAGGUCGGAACUGCAGGAAGUGCUGCUGCUCUACCAGGAGGCGGCUCUGCUGAAUCUAGACUGUGUGGAUCCAGACCUGCAGACUGGACUCGGGGUCCUCUUCAAUCUCAGCUCCGACUUCAACAAAGCAGUGGAGGCUUUUACUGCAGCACUCUCCGUCACACCACAGGACUACCUGCUGUGGAACCGUCUUGGAGCCACGUUGGCCAAUGGAAACCGCAGCGCGGAGGCAGUGGAGGCAUACACCAAAGCUCUGGAGCUGCAGCCUGGGUUCAUCCGCUCCAGAUACAACCUGGGCAUCAGCUACAUCAACCUGGGAGCUCACAGGGAGGCAGUCACCAACUUCCUGACGGCUUUGAACCAGCAGAGGCGGAGUCAGCACUGCAGCCACCAACAGAUGUCAGCCAACAUCUGGACAGCCCUGCGUGUCGCCAUCUCCAUGAUGGACCGGCCCGAGCUCUUCCAGGCCGCCACCGUCGGGGACCUGGACCUGCUGACGAGGGCCUUUGAUGUGGACGACGUCUGAUGGUUUACUUGAAAGCUGUGUCCCCAUGGCGCUGGAUGAGGGACAGUUUGGUUUGACACCAAAGAACCAGUGUAACGGCACAGCCCUUUAUCUUCCUGUGAGAGGUGUCCAAAAACACUUCAGACACACAGACACGAGACUGUUGGACAGGACUUUUAUGGCACCCGUGAGCACCUCCGGCAGUGAUGUCACAGUGUCGACGCGCCUGGCGUACACUGAAUCAUCCAGCCUUGGCCACUCUCCUCUGACCAGACAGAAACAGUGUGGCAAGUUCCAGUUUGGGCCCCAGAUUAAAAACCAGAGAUACAGCUGGACAAACACCUUGAACAUGUUAAUGAUGAUGUAGAUGCUUCAGUUUUUCUCAGAACACAAACAUCAUGACAAGGCUGCAACUAACAGUCACUUUUGUUAUUGAUUAAUCUUCUGAUUAUUUUCUCAAUAAUUUGGUGGAAGUUGUCUCGUUUAGUCUGAUGCACAGUCCUAAUGCCGCCGCCGUUACCUAGCACAGUAUGAAACCAGAGGAUGUGGCUAAGUGUCCUCCAGUUUCAUACUGUGCUAAGGUGUCUUCAUGGUCUCCUCAAAAACCCUGUGAGUGAUCAAUCAAUUAACACAGUAGCUGCAGAUGAUCAUAACCCACCAAUCAUGACAUUGUACUGUAAAACAGUCACUGAGUGUCGGUACUGACCAGUACGUCCUAUAACA